AUGCUGCGGAAGGUGGCCUUGCUCAUGGGGCUCCUCAUCCUGGGGACCCACAUCUGUAGUUUCCAAUUUGUAGACAUUGAUAAGAACUCGCAGUAUGUCAUGAUUACUGUGGAGUAUGCCGUGUUUCAGUUCAACGAAGACCAGGAGGAUGAGUUCGCCUACAAGUUUCUGCGGGUCCGGAAAAGCCAGCAGCAGAUGUUUUCUUGGAUAUAUUUAAUCGACAUGGAAUUGGGCCGCACAGUUUGUAAAAAGCAUGAUGAAGACAUUGACAAUUGCCCAUUGCAAGAAGGCGCAGGAGAGAAAAAGGUGCGCUGCUCUUUUCAUGUGGAUGCCCAACCCUGGAUUACCCAGUUUAUUCUCCUAAACAGCACCUGUGUGCCGACAUAG